UGCGUAUCCGCCUGCGUUGCUUCUGCUGGGGGCUGUACGGUGUUAAUACAUAAACAUUGGUGAACGUGUCGUGUUGAUGUGAAAGUGGUUGGCUACUGGCCGUCGAUGAUGGAAUGUACAACGGUCGAGCGCUGCAACGUGCACACUGAUCCACACGUCUCCUAGGAAUCCAUGAGGACGAGGUCCGUCGACGACAAAAACGCAGCUGAUGAUUGAGCAUAUGCAGCGAUGGUUCCAGCAACUGGCCUUGGACGAGCUUGCGUCCGAUCCCUGUGGUAGCGUCAGGUAGCGUCCGAAUGCCACCGAGUGCCGUCGGGGGAUGCGUCCGAGUGCCGGCGUAGCGAGACGAGCGGCGAUCCCGCGCGAUCCUGGAAUCAGGAGUCGGAUCGAUCCCGAAGGUGCCGAAGUCGAUAUUAGGCGCGUUUAUGCCGCGUCGCCUACGAUCGAACCUACGUACGACAUCGAAUGGAUAAGAUCAGACUUGGCAGACAUAGAAAUUUCUAAAUUCGUGAGCGGCAUCGCAGGCAGCAAGUCAACGGCGUCGCGCAAUAAUCCACGAAGAUGUUACAGAACGUCGACGAGCUCCGGUUACUCGAGCCACUCACCGCCGUUGUCAGCCGGCUCGUACUCCUAUUACGCGUCAGCGUCAACGAGGGAUCCAUCGUACGGUAACCUAGCGAUAAUUCACGAAAGCGAAGCGAUACCGCGGCCCAUUUGGCCUUCCGUCAUCUAUCAUCAUACAGAGGAUCACAGUGCAGGCGAUUAUGAAGAUAUUUAUACGUGUCGCGUAUGCGGUUGCACGUUUAAGUAUUCGCCACCGCAGCUGCAGGUGACAUCAUCACCAUCAAGAGCUCGUGAGGUGCUGCUCGAAUUAUCCCGUACUCUCAAUUCUGUGAUAGACGGCAACGUCACGGCGGCACCGGAAGAUAUCUUACGCGAUAUAUCGCGCAUUGUUUCCUUGGAGAUUGGCACGAGGAACGACAACGUGUACGAGUACAUUUGCCCAUCCUGGGCGUUCAAUGAUAAGAAUCCAACGGUAUCGCUGAGCCGCGUGAAGAACGUACCAUCGAAAGUGAAUCCAAUCAACUCGAAACUUUGUGUCGGUCCUCGUUGCCUCUACGAGUACAACUCGGCGCUCAAGAACGACGGGAUGACGAGAUGCGAAGGCGACAGCGAAAUGAGAAACAACUCCAGCCUCACGAAAAAGAAACCUUGCGCAACCGAGUCCAAGUAUUCGCAGCUAGUAUGCAGCGAUGUCGGGUCAUCCACCGAAGGAACAAUUGCCUCGUUGAACGCAAACAACUGGAACCAUCGCUUAGGUGUUGGAGGCUUGGGCGAGGAUUUUGAUUUCACGCUCGACGUGACACAGGCCGAGCGUUUAGGCCGAAUGAUUGCGAGAGCGAAACGGAAGCGGCAAUGGUGCAGAGCCCUGACCACUCUCUUCGGUCUAGUUUUCUUCGUAUUGAGCGUCGUCGUUGUCUCGUUAUCUGUAACGAGGGGUCGUAAGGUGUUUGGAAGCAUGUAAGAGUCAAAAGGCAAGAAAUUAUGCGUGAUC